AUGGUGGAUUGCGGGCGUACUUGCUUGAGAAUUGCCGAAGUACGUCGAGCUGCUCGUCCCGAACGCCGAAAGCCAUCCCGAACCCCGAACCCUCUCAAAUCCUUAGCACAACGCACAGAUCUCCGUUCCGAGUACGAGGAGAUACGCAGCAAAAGUGUAACUUUGUGUACACCCACACCUAGUCACAAACUGCUGAGGACGAUUGAUCCAUCCAAUCGCCUGUCCUUCGGUCGUCGAAAAGUCCAAGUGCGUUUGGUAGCUCCUUCGGCAGAAUCAAUGAACUCGGGUGACUGUUUUGUACUAGUUACUUCCUCGGCUGUUUUUGCCUGGUUCGGAGCAUUGGCCAAUAUUGUUGAAAUGAACAAAGCCCGUGGACUAGCUCAUUGGAUUCAUAUUCAUCACGAACUUGGCUACCGUGGAAGUGGAUCGCUCGAUAUUGUACCAGGAGAUUCGGACAGUUAUAUUGGUGUGUACGAACAAUUGCAGGAUGAUGAUGAUCUAACAACAAUGGACAUUGUCGAGGCAGGUUUGACCAAAAAGCGCCGUGAUAUAACCGACCCAGCCACAAUCAAAUUUUGGGAAUCUCUGGGCUACGACUCCCCACAAUCCGUUCAAGCCUGUGGAUCUGCAGAAGAGGACGAAAUGUAUGAAACCUUGAUGCAGCAUACAAAUCGAGUAUACGAAGUUACGGUCGAUCAGCUGGUGCCAGUCACAGACUGCUGGGGUACUUCGAUCAAAAAGAGUCUCCUACGCACUGAUAAGGCGUUUGUUUUUGACUUCGGUUCCGAAGUGUAUCUGUGGACUGGAACCCAAGUCAGUCCGGAAGUUCGUCUAGCUGGAGUGGAAUUAGUGCAACAAGCGUACUCGGCCCCGUACGACUAUUCUCAUUGCCGACUAAAUCCUCUGAAUCCCUUGUCUAUAGAUUUUAUUAUGGAAACAGCCCUGGCCUCGAGCGAAGAUAGUGGCUUCAAUUUUCUGCCAGGUAGUAGGUUGUUUGAUCUGGAGUAUGCAGACGACAUUUUACUGUUAAGUAAAGAUCCAGCGGAGCUGGCUUUAGAGUUGCGGCAUGUGAUUGAAGUGACGCAAACUGAGGAUAAGCUGGGUCCGGGAGAGCUUAUCUUUUUGCUCAACACCGAAGAUAAUGCGUCUUCUCCACUGUGCCUCCAACCAAAUCCCAAUCCCGAUCAGCUUGUUAUUUGGCACCUUAGUUCCCAGACGGGUUCAACAAUCCAAACUAGAAGGCUGUCUUACACCCUACAACCAGACCCGUCCAUGGUGACAGGUAAUGGUUCUCCAGGGAAGUUGCCAUCGGUGAACAGCAGACAAACCCGUGAUCAAGAAACCAAUGGUCCCGAGUUAGAAGCGUUGGCCAUAGCCAAAGCUGUAGCUGAACGUCUCCGUGCGUCUAAUGAUGCGGCGAAUGCGCAGUUGAAGCACUCUAUUGCCCAAUCAGGAUUUCCGUUCCUUCUAAGUGAAUUGUAUUCAGCCAACCAGCCAGCUCUNCUAUUCCUUGUGCUGAAUGGUCGACAAGCGGUCUAUUUGUGGCAGGGUUGGUGGCCCACAAAACGUCGCUCUCUGGAUACAAACGGAUCUUUUGUACUUCGCUCUCCGAACGGGUCACGAUCGUCCUUUUAUUCGACCAUCUCAUCUACUUCGUCUAUCGGNGAUCGUGGUGAUAUCGGUUCACAGACCGACGAUUCUAUCGAAGCACUGAGCCCCGGUUCCGCCCGAUCUAGAUUCUAUGCGCUCCGAUUUGCUGCACUGAAAACCGCCAACGCUCUUGCCACAAAGCGUAAUGUCUCCAGUCCGGUUUCUAUGAACAUGGAUAGACAAAUCAAACCACAAGCAACAUUGGAUUCGCACGCAUGUAGACGACUCGGUGUCCGUGCCGCAGUGGUAUACGCUGGUCUGGAACCCUGUGAAUUUUUGGCCCUGUUUCCUCCUCAUAUUCGAUUGCCCGAAGUCAUUGCUCAUUAUCAACCCGAAGAAGGCAAACUGGUCGGUCAAAUGGAUAAUGUGAAUGAUCUGUUGGCUUCCAGUCAACAACAAUCGUACACACUGUACGAGCUACAACAACGUCCACUUCCGCCGGAGCUGAAUGCAACCUGUUUGGAAAUCUAUUUGGACAAGGAAUCGUUUGAAAACGCGUUCGCCAUGACCAAGGAGGAGUUCGAUCAGCUACCAAAAUGGAAGAAAGCCGAAAUGAAAAAGCACCUGGGUCUGUUUUGA